CUUCGUGGCACCUCUAGCGAUGAAGCGCGAACCCUUUCAGAGCGCAUCAGCGAUGACGUGGGUCAGACACGCACGGGAAGGACUUGAAUGUCGUCGAAGAGACGGUCCCGACGGGAUCUGACCCCGUGUUGUUAUAGCCACACGCGCCAACGUCCGGCGUAAAGUAGAAAACUGCGGCAGAACAGGACCAUCCGAGUCAACACACGAGUGCACAGAAAAUCAGAGAUCGAACCGUUCCCAACGGUAGAGGCCUCGGCUGCAAGCCCUGCGCCGAGAAAGAGGAGAGCGGGGAGAGAAAUACGGGGGAAGAGCAUUGUUCAGGGAGUUGCCACUUGAAUACAGGGUGAGGGACUUUAUAUUGAGUCACUCUCCUUCCGAUGAGGAAGGGCCAAGUCCCGUGUUCGACUGCUUCUAGAGAAUGGAGGUCGAAAGUGGCGCACUCGAUUGAUCCUGUAAGGGACGGAAAUGAACGUGAGGAAUGCGUUCGGCCUUUGAACGUUCCAUAUUUCUUCGCGCGUGAAAAUCCUCCAGAGCGCCACCGGAGCACGUGGUUUCAUAGUGUAGCGGCUCAUCACACAAGAUUCUGACAUUAGUCGUCUGGUUUCUUGAGAUCCCGGUUCGACCCCGGGUGAGACCUCGAGUACUGCCUCCGUUCCUUUUUGGGAGUCCCCCAUCUUUGGUCCUAUUGCGGUGCGCCUGCUGCGUCCGCAUUGCAUAGAUCUCAGUAGCUGCGAUGUUUCCCAAGGUUUCGGCGUUUUCAUCAUUAAUCGACCCCGAUUGAGGUGCAAGCAAAACACAAGGCGCGAGUGCGAGAUUGGUCUGGGAUACUGCACGCACGACUCCGACGACAGGACCACAGGAUCACUAGUUAGGCUUGCGAUGGCAAUCUUCUGUGGACAGCGGUGAGAGGCUGCGCUCCAGUCCUUCGCUUCGGGGACCCUCGCGCCUGGCUCGAUCUGCAACGCACCGGCCAUCCACUCGACAUCCCGUUUCGAGCACCUGCCACGGGGCCAAUACCUCCGUUGCCUUAGCAAGCCCAGGUACAGUCCCCGCUCUUUCUAGCACUUCGAUAGGCCCGCCACCACGAGAAGCUGCCGACCUCACAACGUUUCCCGAAUCUGACCCAGGCACCCAAGCCGCGAAGGUCCCCGCCAGACUCUUAAUGCCAGAGCCGGGUACCUUUCAAGCUCCAUAACAUGCUCUGGCCCCGCCAGCCAUUGUCUUGCCUUUUGCAUUGUAGCGCUUCUUCAUCGAGAGGCAAGCUGAGUCGUUGGGGGCUCGAAAAGAGCCGAGGCGCUGACACUACCAGGCACGACAAGAGACCCCAGUAAGCGCGCGGAAGGGUCCCUGGUCACGGCGGAAGGGAGAGUUUCCAUUGGUGGCCAUGGGGGAUUUGCCGUUGCCCCAGAACUUGUUCGAGCUCACGAUACACCUUGUUGGCAGCCUUGGUGUCCGAUGAUUCUUGGGUAUAAGGGGAUCGAUGACCGUCGUGCAGACGCGGACGGAUCUGGCACGCCCGUUCUCUGCGUUCGUUCUACCGACCUCUCGAGCUUUAGCAACGUGCUGAUGUACAAGGUUAGUGGAAUACUCUUACAUAGGAUGCAGCAGCUGUAACGCACGGUGCGAGGAGCUUUCAUGGCAGGAAUGUCGUCUCAUCACUUCAGUCUGAGACCAUUCGCCGAUGCGGGCAAGUCGUCCUGCACCUUGACCCCAUCCCGCCCAUCCAUAUCAUCAGUGCCAAAAGGACAGGACUCGGGGCCAGGCCAAUUCCGGCUCCCUUCUCGCCAUACCUUCCCUCUUUUCAUUCCGGCGUCCUCCCUAGAUCGGCGACUGCUGCCUGAGAUGCAAGGACGUUGCUGCGAUUGCACGGACGAGCGGAGCUGCGCGAGUCGUCUUUGUCUCCGUUGAAUUCGAUCGUUAGAUUCUCAAGAAGAGGAGGUGCGGAAGAGAAUGGGCGAGAGAGGUUCUAGGUGGGGACACAAGAACCCGAAGUCGCAGUCGCAAUCGCAGUCGGAAACCUGUGUCACAUUGCUUUGCUCAGUCAUCUUCACCGGGGGCGGGAUGGAGUGGCCAUAUUGUCGAUUAUAUUUCCAUUCGCCGUGGCCGAUGAGUCAUAUCGGCCACGGUCUGCAGGACACUCCUCGAUCGCGGGGAGAGCAUGACAGUCGCGGACUCGAAGCAAAUGACUUGUGACCGAAUGUGACACGCACAACUGCCUCUCACCGAGUGUCGUGCUGGACCAGUCUCAUCUUCCUCUCGCGAAAGACAGGCUCGCAAGCACUUGAAGACACAGCACCUGGCUGUUGGCAUGCGCUAUGGACAAUGCGCUUGAUCGCUGCACAGAUGCGCUUUGUGCAGUGGCACGCGCUUUGCCCACCCCAAAGCGCCGACUCCACUAUAUGAGAACAAGCCAGACCUGCCAUGACGCUCACCGACUCCGCGCCUGUGUCCCGCUACAAUGAAACAAAUCCGGCAGCCACUCGUCUCCGUCUCGCGCAAGGUCAAGAACUCGGCGAAAAAACUGUCCACCCGAUUCACCCGAUGGAAGAGGAGCGGGUUUUUGUGGGCGGUGGAACUCGAAGGGACUCGCACCUCUCUCCGGAGCACUGUGCGCGAGAUGAGACCGUUUCCCCGCCGCCACUUCGCAUUCGCCCCUGGCGAGCGCGGUAACCAGCACGAGACGUUGGGAGCACAGAUCCAGGAGCAGGAAGCCCAUACCGCAUACUCACUGAAACUCUCUGAAGUCACCACGCAUGACCUCGCGUCUUCGAAUAUCUCCGAAAGCGCGCAGUCCGGUUCCGACGCUUUGUUGCAAUUCCAAUUGCUCCACAACCUUGUCCCGACCUUCGAGCUCCAGACCGACGCUCUGGAAGUCUCGCUCGCUCUCUGCCCAGACAUCCCCGGUCUUCUCUCGACGAUUCACGCGCACCAGAACAUACUCGAUCCGACUAACCCGACGUCCAGCCUUCUCGAAAGCCCACGAUCCGAAGCUACUGACCUGCUACAGAAGCAGGGGGUCGCCCAGCUCGAGGUCUGGAGGACCGAUAUGCAAGGCAGCGAGCGACGGCAACAGGUCCGCGUUCUCAUCGCCUUUCUGCGCCAACACCUGCCUGGGCUAUACGUGGAGGCUCCGCUUUCCAAGUCCACUCGCACCCUGCGCAAACGAGCCCGAGAGUUUGACGAUGACGAGGGCGGCGACGACCGGCACGGCAAGCGCUCUCGUGUCGGUGCCCCGGAACCGGGAAGAUCGGGUACUGUCGAUCCAUGGCCAGCAUCCGGCCACAGCUCGGGGGAUCGUCGCUUCGCCAGCUGUCACAGGGCCCGACUCCUCCGUCGCGGCCAGCUGCGCGAGGCGCGGUCGAGCCCUUUCCACCGCUGUUCAGCGCGGCCCCGUGAUCGCUCUGCCAAGCCUGACUUGCUGCACCACCUGGAGAAUGCGCCGUGUUGCUCUCACCGCGCUGGAAGGACGCGCAAGCAGCCGUUGUAUCCCCCCUCUCUAUUUGCAUCCGGCGAGUCUGAUUGAAUUCGGGGGCUCUUGUACUCAAAGGGACCGUGUUUUGACUCGGAAAUGCUAGAUGAUUGGUGUCUGUCUGCAAGGGUAUUGAUGUCUGUGUGAAAUGUGUGGGCUCUGAGCACCAUUCACUCGUCAGAUUGUGAGUGUCUGCACUGUGCAACCGCUCUUGCGGGGUAAUUCUCGCCUAACCAGCGGAAGAUUGAUGGGGCAAAAGAACACGAGGCAAGCCGUAGACAGGAGAAGAGGUGGAAUCCCAAAAAGAACGGAUAGGUCUCACUCGGAAUAGGACUGGUAUGUCAAGAAUGGGAUGCAAGCAACCGGGAAAUCAUGUGUCGUGCACAGGAAUUGCCUGCAUGUUUGCUCGGCAAUCAAGAGUACUAGACGUAGGCGGAGACGGCGAUAUUACUAACCAAAACAAGUCAUAUAGAGAAUACAAGGUCGCACCCGGGGUCGAACCGGGAUCUCAAGAAUGGAACACGCAGGCAGUUUCAAAAUCUUGUGUGAUGAGCC